AUGCGCACAUCGGUAACGGAUGACACAGUGAUCCAACGGGGGAUGUCGACAGAUGCAUUGGACAGGGAGGCCAACCGUCAGUAUUGGACCCACAUGGCCAAACACACUGAGUGGGCUGCAUCCCACCCAUGCAGCCAAUACCCAGAAACUUCCAUCCCGACGUUCCUCUACGGCGACGAUGUGAAGUACAACCGGCAGGAGAAGUUGACCUGCAUCUACCUAGGCUUCAUCUUAGCCGACAAGAAGGGCCUAGCAAUGCGGACCCACUUCCCGAUAUUCAUCGUCAGGGAGGUAGUCACAUCGCUCAAUGCUGCCAUCUUCGGCUUCACGCCAGCGCGGCCCAUCCUGAAUGCCGAUGGUACAUGCGAAGGGGAAGGUGUGCCGGAAAUGCUCAUGAACAAACCACUUGUUGUCGACAAUGGGGAGGUGGUCCGGUUUCCGCUUUGUGAAUUGCGUGGAGACUGGAAGUUCUACAAGGACGUUUGGCCUGGGGUGUCGAAAGCCGAUCAGCUCAAAUCUGCCUAUGCUGCAUUUCGGGCUUGGUGCCGGGAACGCAAGAUUGUGCAUUCGCAGCCCCUCUUUCAACCGAAGCACCUCCGGGGGAAAGAUGGUGAAGUGGAGCUGGCCGCCAAGGGGUACAAUGCCCGAGUUGUGACGAGCUGGCUUGCGGAUACGGCGAUCGAGCUUGUUCACCAGGAAGGCUGUGACACCGAGGAGCUUGUGCUUUUGGCCCAGUGCAUGAAACUGGGCUAA